CGUCGGUACAUCGGUACGGUGUGUGUGUGUACUUGUGUGUGUGUUUUUGUGCAAGCAGUGAACUAGAAAUGGCACUGACCGCUUCACGUUUGGUGAUGACAAAAUUCCUCAGACUGGGUAACCACAAGGGGGUGGCCAUCGUAUCAAGGCACUGCUUUCACCGGACAGCCAUCAUGGGUGUAACUGAUGCCGAGUUCACAGCCGCCAAAGACAGAGUGGGGACCCUGACCCAAGACCCUGGGAAUGAGGUUAAGCUCAAGAUGUACGCACUCUUCAAACAGGUGACAGUAGGAAAAUGCAAUGCCCCUAAGCCUGGUGCCUUUGACUUUGUCGGCAAGGCCAAGUGGAGUGCCUGGAAUGACCUGGGAGACAUGACCAAGGAUGAUGCCAGACAGAAGUACGUGGACGUGGUGGAUGACCUGGUGGCCAAUGACCCCGGCGCCCAAGCCUCAGCCCCGGCCGCAGCUACUGCCUCCCAGUCUGAUACCGCCGGAUCCUCUGUAGGGGGUUACGAGAAUCUGAAGGUGUCUGUGGACAGGGGCGUCUGCACCAUCAUGAUGAACAGGCCCAAGAAGAAGAACGCUCUCAAUAGAGAGACUUAUGAGGAAAUCAUCAAAGCCUUGGAUUCGUCAGGAAAAGAUGACAGCGUAGUUUUUUCAGUCCUCACAGGAGCUGGUGAUUUCUACUCCGGCGGUAACGAUCUCAACAACUUCAUGUCCAUCACACCAGACACCAUGAAGCAGGCGGCAAGGGAAGGGGGAGAACUCCUGCAACGCUUUGUCGCUGCUUUCAUAGACUUCCCCAAGCCGCUCGUUGCAGCUGUGAACGGACCUGCCGUUGGUAUUCCAGUCACCUCAUUGGCCCUGUGUGAUGUUGUGUACGCCACAGACAGGGCAACAUUCCAUACUCCAUUUUCCUCGCUGGGCCAGUCACCCGAGGCCUGUUCAUCCUACCUCUUCCCUCAGAUCAUGGGGCAAGCCAAGGCAAACGAAGUGUUGCUCUUUGGCCGCAAACUGACAGCUCAGGAGGCUUACGACAGGGGACUUGUGACAGAAGUCUUCCCAGACGCCACAUUUCAACAGGAAAUUGAGAAGAAAUUCAACGAAUUUGCCAAACUACCUAGACAGUCUUUGCGACUGUCCAAGAACCUCAUCCGCGGCGCUGAGCGUGAGAAACUGCACCAAGUCAACAAGGAAGAGUGUGAGCUACUGGAGGAGCGGUGGACAUCGGAGGAGUGCAUACAGGCCAUCAUGGAUUUCUUUGCCAGUAAAUCCAAGCUCUAAAUGUUGGAGUCCCUAUGCUACAUGUUUUGCAUUACUGAUUUAUACAUAAUGAGGGGGAAGCACAGGCUGAAGUCACUUUGGGUGCCAUCUUGAGAGGCCCAAAGCGUAUACAAAUCAUGGGUUUCUUUGCCACUUACCCAAGCUCCAAAAGCAGCACAACUUUCGGGGUCCCUAUGCUACAAGUUUUGCAUCACUGAUUUAUACAUAAUGAGUGGAAAGCACAGGCUGAAGUCACUUUGGGUGCCAUCUUGAGAGGCCCAAAUCUGUGUUACAAAUCAUGGGUUUCUUUGUCACUUACCCAAGCUCUAAAAGCAGCACAACUUUUGGUUUCCCUAUGCUACAUGUUUUGCAUUACUGAUUUUUACAUGCUGAGUGGAAAGCACAGGCUGAAGUCACUUUGGGUGCCAUUUUGAGAGGCCCAAAGCGUAUAAAAUCUGUGUGACAAAUCAUGGGUUUCUUUGCCACUUACCCAAGCUCUAAAGGGGCAACUUUUGGUUUCCCUAUGCUACACGUUAACUUCACUGAAUAUCCAUAAACCGAGUGGAAAGCACAUGAUAACAUUGAGAUUCAGAUUUAGAAUUCAGCUCUUGCUCAAGAAUCAGUUUUAGAAGCCCGUGUUCAAAAUCAUCUCUCAAUGUUGGCCAUAAUUAUAUCAUCAGACGCAAUGUCCCCGAAGCUGCAGUACAUGAGCGUAUGUGCACUGUGCACCGUGCACAAGUACCCCCUCAAUGGUAACAAGGGGAGAGUUGGGGGAGACCACUGAGAGGGACACUCGAAUGUAUUGCUGAUGACUCUUGAUACUCACACAAAGACACACUGGUUUUGUGCACAUUCAGAGGAUAUUACAGGGACAAAGGGAAACACAAAGCCUUGUCCUCGGAGGUAUAGUAAAACAAGGGUAUGCGCAUGCGGUGUGUCCCAUCCACUGGGCUCUCGAAAGUGGUAAAAAGUGCCCGCUCUUGUUUGUGCACGGAACCCAACUGGAGAUGAAACCGUGGUUUCGUAAACCCCCAUUAACAAAAAGAUAUCAUAUAAUUUCUAGUAGCUUUAGCCGAGUAAGUAUCUGACUCUGAAGUGUUGCUUUCUGGAAAAUUGUAUGUAACUUGAGAUUUAUAUUUGGAAAGAAAAAAUAAGAUGCAAAAGGAAGACUCUGCAUAUUUAUAUAGAGACCACAUUGAUCAUUUCAUUUUUGAGGAUAGCUUUUGUCAUAUACAUGUACAUGGACUGAGAUUAAACAAAUGUUUUUUUUGACCAGAUGUUUUCAUUGGAUGGAAUGCAAAUAAACGUUAAAUAAUGAAAA